AUGACGCGGGGCUGUGGCAAGGCUGCAGUGGCAGCCGCCGGUGCCACAGCGCUGGCAGCCUCUAGCCAAUUGUCGGCUUUUGCUGUGCCACGUGCUUCCGACGUCUCAGCGCCAGCGUCGCUCCGCACAGCAGGCGCCACCAGCGCACGGCAGCAAGCGCAAGCCUCCCAUGGAGGGGUUGUGGGCAUCACCGGCGCAGCCUUUGCGGCAGCUGGCUUCGCAGCCUCCCGCCGUCGUGGCGUGGGCUCUGCUGCCCUCACCCGCGCCAAGGACAGCCGAGUCGCUUGCGCGGCAGCGGGGGGCAAGAAGCGUUGCUUGGUCAUGGGCGGCACCCGCUUCAUUGGCUGCUACCUAGUGGCCAAGCUCAGAGAGCAGGGCCACGACGUCGUGUUGUGCAACCGCGGCAAGACGAAUGGUGGUAAGCCAGAACGCCUUCCGGGCGUAAGCGACAUGGACUACCAGAAGAUGCUCGAGGGUGUGUCUGUGCUCGUCGCAGAUCGCAAAGUGCCCGAGCAGCUCAAGGCUGCCGUGACUGGAGCGGGCAAGUUUGACCUUGUCUUUGACAACAACGUCCGCAAGCUGGCGGAGGUCCAGCCACUGGUAGAGGCCGUGCAGGCCAGCGGCGGAUGCGAACAGUUCUUCCUCAUGAGCUCAGCCGGCGUUUACGGGCCAACCGACGUCCUCCCGCUGAGUGAGCAGAAUCCAGGUGAUCCCAACUCGCGUCACAAGGAGAAGCUGCAAUGCGAGAAUUACUUGGACGCCCAGGGCCUGAACUGGACGUCUAUCCGACCAGUCUACAUCUACGGCCCUUUGAACUACAACCCGGUGGAGCGCUACUUCUUCGACCGCGUGAGCCGUGGGCGCCCGGUCUGCGUUCCCUAUGAUGGGAAAUACAUCACGCAGUUGGGUCACUGUGAAGACCUUGCUGACUUCAUGAUUAAAUGCAUCGGCAAUCCAGCAGUGCGCGGGCAAGUCUACAAUGUCUCCAGCGAGGAGUAUGUGACCUUUGAUGGAAUGGCGAAGCUGUGCGCAGAAGCCGCCGGCGUGGCGGAGCCCAAGAUCGUCCACUACGACCCCAAGUCUGUGGAAGUGCCAGAAGGAUUUCCCAAGGCGUUCCCUUUCCGCGGCAUGCACUUCUUCGCGUCGAUUGAGAAAGCAAAGCAGGAUGUGCCUGAUUGGGCCCCGAAGUACACCAUGCUCGAGGGCUUGAGGAGUAGUUUCCAGCAAGACUACCUCGCGCGCGGCUUCGACAAGCAGCAACCUGACUUCCGGACAGACGAGCUCAUCCUUUCCAAGGCGAUGUCGGCAGCGUGA